CCACCAAAGAAACACACAAUGCACCCCCCCUUCUACACAGAACGCACAACCCCCGUCCCCCGCCCUUCCCCCGCUGUCCUGCACCACGCCACCGGCCGCGCAUGUGACCCGCGCGCGUACACAAAUAAGAGUGGGGCUGGUGCGGCGACGCUGCGGGACAUGGCGCUGAGGAGUGUGUGCUGGCACAUUCGGCUGUGUGAGCCCGCGGCGCUGGAGGGGGUGGGGUGGUGGCCGUACGGGGGGAUGGUGUGGGGGGCGCUGGAGCGCAGCAACACGCUCACGCUGGCCGCGUGGGCGCUGUUCCAGGCUGCGUUUCCGGCGCAGAAGGAGAUAGCACAUGCGUUCCGCGUUCCGGUGGAGUGCGCACCGUCGGUGGUUGAGUAUCUGGCAACCCUGCCCGAGGCGGUGGGGGUCUGUGUCGCGCUCCCUGGCGCCGCUUUGAGCCGCGCACUCCUCCUCGAGCUGCUGAAGCUGAGGGGGUUGAGGGUGCUGGUGCACUGCUGUCCCCGUCAAACGGCGCCACGGCUAGGGAUUAGGGAGCUGCGGGACUGGAGCAGGGCGGCGGCAGAAGGGGUCGGGGGUCAGGGGCUGAGGGUUUUGUAUUUGUCGGCUGUGGAGCACGAUAGCAGUGACAGAGGCGUGUUGGGGGCGCUGGGCGGGCUCGGGGGGCUGGAGUUGGUGGGGAUUGAGCGGAUGGGGAUUCAACGCGCGGGGGAAGAGAAAAGGGCUAGAUUCGAGGGGGAGGGAGGGGAGUGGGUGCGUGUCGAUGGCGCGCAGGAAGAGGUGUAUACAGGGAUUAUGGAGGGAAAGGACACGCUGGGAGAGAGGAUGGAGAGGCUGGUGAGGACGGUGCUGGAUGCGCAUGACGGAGGGAGAGACGCAGUCACAAGCGAAUGCGCAGGAGACGCACACCAAGAUGCAAGAAAAGAGAUAGGGGCAGAAGGAAGAAGAAGAGGUGGAGAAGAAGAACACGGCCCACAGCUAUCCCUCACAUGCUAUGGCGACGGUAACGCACGCGUUCUUGGGCGUGUCGCGUGGUAUGCACGACGGCCUGGCGCGGUGCUGGACAGAUCCGACACACUGGGCAAACGUACACUGGACACGCCGGGUAAGGGGGUCCCGCGAGAUGGAGAAGCGAAGAAACGAAGGGUUAAGCAGGGGAAGAAGAGGGAUGUUGGGGACAUGCUUGGGGGGUUUGGAUGAGCGGGUGUGGUGACUCAAGUCAAGAGUGGAUUGACUACCGCUAUGAAUGCGCGCGAAUUGCGGUCCGGGGACUCGCGACCUGGACGUCAGUUGCGGAUGAAGAUGG